AUGGAACCGUUGAAUCCCGACGAACAAGAAUGCGGUAUCACCCGCUAUUGCUACCAAUGCGCCAAGUUGAAUGAAACCAGCAAGCUAGUGUGCACCGAAUGUGCCGGCUCUGGGAGACCCCUAGAAUGGGGAUAUUGUUACGUUUGCAGCGACAAAACCAGCUCACAGAACAACAUUUUUUGCGAUUUCUGCGAUGGCAUUGAGAAUGUACUAUUGGACAUCGAGGUAAAGAGAGUUGUCAACUCAGGCGCUUGUCCCGAUUGUGUAAAGAGGGUUGUCAAGCCUCAUUUUGACAAAUGCGAACAAUGCAUACCCCCAGGAGGUCGAUGCGGCCAUUGUGGACUCCUCCCUCCCAAGGACAGCGGAAAGACCUAUGAGAAGUGUCUUGAUGGCAAAAAAAAGAGCAACGAAAAGAUGAAAGCCAAAGCUAGCGAUUCAGGCUUGUGCAGACGAUGCCACGAGCUCCCUUUUGAGGAGGGACGUACGUCACUUCUUUGUGUGAAAUGUGCAGAAGAGAGACGGGAGUACGAUCGAAAAUAUCAAGAGAGAAAAAGACGUGGAGAGUAG